AUGCGUCUCGCCGCCACCAGCCUGGUGUCCUGCCUCGCUCCUCAUGUCCGGCUGCCUCACAGCGACGGUACCGGGGCAGGGGAGGGCCACGCGGACCUUGGGCUCGUUGUCAUCGGAAAAAAACUAUCAAAGGAAAUUCCUGGGCCAAGUUAUCCUGAGAAGAACAUUAGCUGUCUCCCCGUUCACAUCACCAAGAGUGUCGUUGGAGCCAUCGAGAGUUACCACAGUAUCCGCACUUUGUCCCAGUCAUCCAGUGGUCAGACAACACCGACGACUCCCAAUAACUCGUGGUCGGGGAUCCAGAGCUAUGCAACAGGACUCUCAACAGAACAGAGCUCGGUCUUCUCCUGGAGAGACGAUGAGUUUGACAGAGUCAACACCCAGCGGGUCUGUCAGCUGUUCUGGGACAUCGAUGAGAUGCUGUACGAAGGCAAGGUCGACGCCAGAACGCGGGGCUUGCGAGCCGAGUGCGGAGAGUGGAACCAAAACUCACCCCAUCUUAGGAUAUUGGGAAAUCAGAUAGCAGAGCCCAAAGACGAAGGAUUUCGGCUCUUUCAGAGAAGAGCUUCUAUUCCCGAGAGUGCACUCUUGCACCCUUGCCAGGACACCAUGGCAGAAAACAAAGAUAUGUCUGUUGUGGGGAGGAAGCUGGUUCCUGUUACUUCACCACUACAUGGUACGCUGGGCUGCAGACGGAGUCCUUCAGAGCCUUCUCCUUACGCCUUCCUUGAGGAAGAGACUUAUGAAGCAGAAGGACAAAUAGAGGAGUUCUUCGCCUACGACUUGAAAGAAGUGGAAGAAGAUGGUUGGGAAUUCAGGAAAGCUUUGAAGAUUAACAGUGGUGUCCCUCCAGUUUCUCCCCAUGCUUGCAUUAAGGAUGGAGUGAUUGGAGAGCUGUUUGAUGAAGUCUGGAAAGAUGUUGUGCACUUUGUAAUGGAGCUCAUACAGAAACAUUGGGAGAGUGAUCUCACAGCCCUUGCAGGGAAGGUCAUGGAGACAGCCGGCUUGCAGCACUGUGACAGAGACUUCUCCGAGUCUGUGUUCCGCACUCCGGUGAAGGCUUUCAGUGUUUCUCCCUCCAGGGGCUCGGAGACAAGGAGUAUGCACACCUGCUCAACGCAGGCCCCUCGCAUCCCAAGUGCCUUAAAAAGGAAUUUGAAUGGAGUUAUGACCAUUCAAGCCAAACCUCUCCAACACAGGCACCCUGGAUUGGGGGAGAAGACACAAAACGAGACAAUGAUGGCGGCAGAGGAAUUAUGCUGUCGGAGAAGGUCAAAGGAAUCGAUCUUUAUCAAGCAGCAAGGCCCCUCGCGACCUGUGCGUCUCGGCAGGUGUGAGCACCGUGACCCAGCCGGCACGGGCCAGGCAGCAGAGACCGGGCACGCCGUCCCCUCCCCCUCCAGAGCGCCGUGCGUGGGCUCGCGGGGGCCGGCAGCCCAGCGCAGGCUGCCUAGACCCCCGCCAGACUCGGUGGGCUUCCGCAGAAGCGCGGUCCUCAAGGGCACUAAGCUGUGCGCCCUCCCGGAGGGGUUGUCCUUGUCACCCGAAUGUGCCAGGCGGAACAGGAAAUUUCCACCCAUUCAUUCCGAAGUGCCAGAGCAGAGUCCUUCAGUGCCUGCUUCCAGACACCUGCAGAGGAGAGGGAGGGACUUGUCCAGCAGAGUGUCCAGCGCAGUGCAGGGAGACUCAGGCCCUCGUGCUCCCAGGGGGCAGGCCCUGCCUCUCGAACCUCUCUCCAGACCCAGAACGAGCUACACAUUCAGGUCAGAUGCAUCCUUUAAAAGACUGUUUACUCCUGUGGAUUUUGUUUGUCAAACUCGGAUUGGAAGAGGACCUUUUGCAGGAGGGGGCUCCCGCAUCGGCGUGACUGGGGUCAGCGUGGGCAUCUCCUGCUCCACGGCGAGCAGCCUCUCCGACUGCGCCGCCCCCCACAAGGGGCCCUGCAGCCACCCCCCCGGCGGGGGAGCGGCAGGGGAGUGCCAGCCGCCCUGGGGUCCUCAUCUUCAGCCUAGAGCUUUCAGUAGGAAACCAGCGACUGGCAGAAAGAAAUUCCAGAUGGGAUCCUCAUAAGAAAUAUUCAUUUUAGGACACAGUAAGCAAAAUGAACACUAUUCCGGAGCACAGGGUCUUGAGAAGCACCGGAUCAUUGUAGGGAAACCCCUCAGGUGUGCUGCCAUUCACUUACACAGCAGGCCGCACUGGUGAUUGCAAGGCAGGACUAAGGAAACAUGACACACUUUUCGGUUACAGCCGUGUCAGAAGGUCUGGAAAAAUGUCGUUCCAAAUAUGACCCCUUCCUGUUGGUUGUUUUUUUUUUUCUCUGAUGGACACUGCCUGCAAAUCCUUGAGAACAAGGAUUCACCACGAUUCAUCCACCUGGUGGUGGAGGGGAUCCCCAUUACCUGGUAAAGCGCUUUGAGUGGAGUGUCCAGAAAAGCGCUAUAUAAGUGUAAGCAAUUAAUUAAUUAUAAUAAUAAUUAUUAUUAAUGCCUGGAAUCACACGUUAGUCAGAUCAGCUGUGGUCACCAGGCCUGCUCCGGACGCACAAGCACCAGUCAUUGUGCCUCCUGGGGCCUCACUCACAGUGCCUCUGCUGUCUUUACCUCCCCAGCACGCUGAGAGGAGGCCCAGUCACAGGGCGUACUGUCCAGCGCAGCCCUUCGAACAGACUGGGUCACUGCUAUGGGACCUACCAUUCGCUAAUGUUUUGUUAAGAGCAGUGUGUAUUUGAUAAAUCAAUUUGUCUUAUACUGUUUGAUCGGGUGCAAACUAUGCAAGCAAUCAGAUUUACCUCAUAGUUAAUGUGCAGCUGGGUAAAAAAAAAAAUUACAGAGUUAAGUAGAAACCUGAUGUUUGGAACCUGUGAAUGCCACAUCCUGUAUUCACUACAGGAUUUCCUGAUAUGAUAUGAUUCCUUUGGCAGAAUGAGAGUCAGUCACAAACACUGUGUAUUUAAUAUAAACGUGAUCAGCAUGCGGUGGUUUAGUUAUGGAUUACAGAUUUUCUUUGUGAAUAGUUUGUGUAUUUACAGAGAGACAAAAGUCUAUCUGUCUGAUUUAUACUUUUGAUAAACGUACUGGGAGUUUGUACCAGUAUUAUGAUUCACAUCAGCUCAGAUAUUUGUUCCUUGAGAGUUUUUAUUAAUUGGAAGGGCUGCUUAGCAUAAAAUCUGCCUAAUUAGUAGCACAACAACGGAUAAGGGUUUGUCUAGUUGGUUGAGAGCAAAAGUGUGAGAAAAUGAACAAGAGUGCAGUUCAACCAGACCAC